AUGUCCAUUAUAGAUUUAGAAGAUUCUAUUGCUUCUACUAUUGAUGUAACAGCAGAUAUAAGUGAGAAUGAGAAUCUUUUACCAUAUUUGAAAUUACGUAAGUAUUUUAUUUUAUGUGAAAUGGAUGAAAGCAACUCUUAUAAUAUGAUCAGCACCAAAUGCCGUCUCUGUAAGAAGAUAAUAUCAUCUUCCAAAAUAUCAUCCUCGAACUUAAAGAGACAUUUACAAAAAAAGCACAGUGAAUUUAAAAAUGAGAUUACCAAACACCUCAACGAAUUCUCUACCCAAAAAAAUAUAUCACUGCAAAACCAAAGUGGUUCUGGUUGCAAAUCCAGACAAUCUAAAUUAAAUUUUAACAAUCUAAGCAUUCCAGCUGUAUCGCAAAAAACAGCAGACAAGGUUAUCAUGGAUUUUAUUAUUGACACCUUCCAACCACUGUCUCUGGUUGAUGAUCCUUCAUUUGAAAAAAUGAUUAAAACUUUUUCUCCUGCUACAAAAAUUAUUUGUCGCCAAACACUGGGCAACAGGAUAUCUACUUCCUUCUCUUAUAUGACGACAAAUCUUAUAAAAGAUUUGUCUGAAGUUUCUUAUGUAUGCACCACUGCUGAUUGUUGGAGUGGUCAUCGAAGGGCUUUUAUUGGACUUACUACACAUUGGCUGGAUCCGUUAACCCUCAAGAGAAGGUCAGCCGCUUUGGCACUGAGGAGGAUAAUUGGGAGGCAAACAUAUGAUGUUUUGGCCAACGAAAUCAUGGGUAUCCACAAGUUCUAUAAAAUUCAUAAUAAGGUGGUGAAGAAGGUGACUGACAAUGGAACCAACUUUGUCAAGGCAUUUAAAGUUUUUGGAGAAAAUGAAGAAGAUAGUAGUGAGGAUAAGGAAUUAAUAAAUUUGGAUGACAUAUUAUCCGUUGAUGACCCAAUUAUUCCUACUAUCAGCCUACCAACACAUCAACGUACGGAGAUGGCAGAUAGUGAUCUCAAUUAUAAACGAAUAUCUAGAUCCACUUUUGCAAAAUGUUUUGCUUUAGUUAAUAAACAAAAUAUGUCGUUAAAAAUGGCGGAUAUUUUAUUGGAGAAAUUGGUAAGAUAUUUAAUAGCUCCCAACAAGACAAGAUGGAAUUCUUAUUACCAAUCCAUGAAAUUAAUAGAUAAGAUGCUUUCUGAAAAGUUUUCAGAAGUAGAACAAGUAUGUGAUCAAAUUGGAUUUGCAAUGUUAGAGGAAUGUUAUGGAACCUUUGGCGAUCUCGUUAAAAAUCUUGGAACGAAAGGAUAUGGAGCAGGGAUAUUUAACUCCCGUUCUAUCGAUAUUGAUAGAUAA